CAGCUGCUUUUAUGGCUAUCUCCCAAGUGUAUUUAUGGAGGGUCGCUGAAGCAGACAACAUUCUCAGUUGAAGUUGGUGCUGCUUUGUUGCUAUGGACCCAAGAAAACACUCUACUAGAAUGUUCAAUAUAGUUGUGUUCAUCUUCAUUUCAGUCACCACCCUGAUUAUAAGUACCCCAUGUGAUGCAAGAAGUUCAGCACAAAUGUUGGAGGUUGAAGGUGAGUUUGGUGAAAGUUCAGUCACUGGGGGGAGGAAGAUACAAGAAGUAGCAGUAAACUUGGAGAAUACUGACUCAUACAUAAGCUCUCCAUUUUCUCUACCACCUUUUGAUUCAUUGUCACCACUUCCCUCACCAGAGACAGCCCCUCCCUUUUGUGUUUGCCCACCAUUUUCCCCACAUCCACCUUCCACACCCACUACUCCACCCAUAUUCCAAGGCCCUCCUACACAUUCCCCAGUUCCAAAUCCUCCUGAAUAUGAGCUGCCUAGUCCCCCCAAGCAUGCGCCAAGCUCACCGAAGCGUGCUCCGAGCCCGCCAAUCUUUAAGCCUCCGGUGAUUCUACCACCACCAUCUACACCGCCUCCACUACAUAAGGCACCCCAGUAUGCUGUUUGGUGUGUCGCAAAGCCGACGGUGCCUGAUCCCAUAAUUCAGGAGGCCAUGGACUAUGCCUGCGGAAAAGGUGCAGACUGUGAAGCAAUUAAGCCCGACGGGUUAUGCUUCCAACCCAAUACAUUGUUUGCGCAUGCUUCAUAUGCUUUCAAUAGUUACUGGCAGAGGACUAAGGUGGCUGGUGGCACCUGCGACUUUGGAGGAACUGCAAUGCUUGUUACAGUUAAUCCAAGUUUUGAUGAAUGCCAUUUUGUCUACAAUUGAUGAGUAGUGGUGAAGACAAUGCCUGAUUCCAGAGGGUAUAUGAAUAAUGCAAUAAAAUAGGUGUACGUGGGUGGUUGUCAUGGUUUUUGCAGCCAAACAUGUAAAAGUAUUUUGAUAGAUGGAUUCAGUUUGGAUUUUGGAAUAUAGUAUCCCUACGCAACAUCUACUUCUUAUUCUCUUGCCUUAAUUUUGUAAUCUAAAUUAUUACAUAAUACAUGAUGUUGAUGGUUAAGCUGGAUCUUAAUACAAUAAUUUAUUUUUAUUUUUAUUUUUUUGAGAA